AUGAAUAAAGGAAUAUUUAAAAUUACUUUUUUCUUUAUAUUUUUUUUAUUUUUUUCUUUUUCAUUAGUUUUAGUAGUAAAUUUAAAUAAAAAAGAAAAUAAAACUUUCAAUAAUAUCAAACCCAAUUAUAUUAGAAAUAAUGAUUCAUUUAUAAGUAAUGAUAAUCAAAUACAAAAUGAAGAAUUUGAUAAUAGUUUAAAAAAAUAUCCCUUUCAAAAUAUAGAUAAAGAGACUAGAUUCAAAAGUAAAUUUUUUAAAUUAAAGACAUCAAUGUAUAAUAGAUUCCCAGAGUUUGGUAAAGAGAUAAACUAUUGCAAUGAUUUGGAUGGAAUUCAAACCCCAAUAACUUUUUUAAAACUAUACCCAUCACAAAAUAUAUUAUUAGAGAUAUAUUUUAAUCAUUAUUUUGAUUUUCCAGCAGAGUUAAUCCCAGAACCACCAAACCCAAACAUACCAAGGGUAUUGCAUUCAUUAGAACCCCCAUCUUUAAGAAUAUGCACAGAGAAUGAAAAAUGUAUUUCAAAAUUUAAUUGGUCAGUUUCAUAUGAAAGAAUAGCAGAUAUUAGAGUAAACCACUGCGAUGAUAAAGAAAUUUUCCAAAUUUUACCCUAUGAAUUAGAUAAAUUUGUUAUGAAUAAUAAAACACAGUAUAUCAAAUCUACACUAUUAAAAACAAAUGGUAAAAAUAAUAACAACAAUAGUGCCAACAAUUUUAAUUAUAAUAGCAAUAUUUAUAGUUACUCUUUAGCAAGUUGGUUUUGCAGUAAAUGCGAUGCCCCAUCAUCAUCCAAUAGACUAGAGUAUAUUAAAGAAAUGAUGAAAUAUAUAAAAAUAGACUCUUAUGGAUCAUGUUUAAAUAAUAUACCAGUUACAAAUAUAACAAGUAGGUUAAAAGAAGAUGCUAUGGAUGUUAAACAGUCAUUAAUGGGAAAAUAUAAAUUUUAUUUGGCUUUUGAAAAUAGUAAUUGUAUUGAUUAUACUACCGAAAAACCCCUACAUGCAUUAAAGUCUGGAUCUGUCCCUAUUAUAAUGGCCCACCCACAGACACAAAAGUAUUUACCAGAAGGAUCCUAUAUAUAUGCUGGUGAUUUUUCUUCUGCCAAAGAAUUAUCGGAUUAUUUAAUCUAUUUAGACCAAAACGAUGAUGAAUAUUUGAAAUAUUUCCAUUGGAGAUUUAACCAAGUAGUAAUUGAAAAAUGGAUAAACAUUAAUGGGUACCCAUACAGAGCCAAUUCAAGAACAUGGAUUUGUUCUUUAUUUCAGCACUAUCAAAAAUGGGAAAGAGGCUUGGUACCAAACAAAACUCUAUAUGUAACCCCUUAUGACGAACUGUGUUUACCACCAAACUUUAUAAAAAUUAAAUAA